AUGAGAAUGUCUCGAAAAGGAAUGGACUCUCUCAGAUCGCAUAUUAUCAGCACAUAUACUUUCUCAGAGAAUUGCUUCCCAAAAAUGUUUAGAACUUUAUCAAUAAAAUAUCCUGAAAUUCCAAUCUCAUUAAUUUAUAGGCCAAAAGAUAGACGCAAACAAAACUGCCUUGUUCAGAUCCCUGGCCUAUCUGAAAAGAAGAAGUUAGUAAAAAAUGACAUAGUAUACUUAUCCUUAAAUACACUUCCUGACAAAUUCUUAAAAGAUAUGUUGGCAGAUAAAAAAGUCAUAGAUUGGGAACUUGGAUAUGCUAUGACUAUUCAUAUUAGUCAGGGGAUGACUCUUAAGUCAUCACAACAUGUUUGGAUUAUUGAUAAAAACUUAGCCUGGGAUAAUCUAAUAUAUUUGGCAGUUGGUCGUGUAGAAUAUUUAAACCAACUCAUUCGAGUUGAAGUGCCUCCAUUACCUCCUAAAAUUGCUUAA